AAAACCUUUUGGAAGCAUAUAUCUUUGAUAAUCAUGAUGAGAUUCACAAUCAUAGUAGUAGCUUUCCUUAGUAUCAUUCAAACCCUAGAAGACCAUAUCCUAGUCUAUGCUCAUGAAGGCGGAGAUGCUGAUCACAAAAGUCUUUACUAUCGUGGAGAUGAAGAUUCAUCGACACUGCAUCCUAAAGAUUCCCACGACUUCACCAACACCGGAGCACCGAGGAAACUAAGGCCUGGGAGAACAAUGAGUACCACAGUGGUUAUAGCCAAGAAGGAGAAAGUAAGGGCGACGAAUAAUGAUGAUUUGAGUAUAAAGAUUUCACCAGGUGCAUCAAGGCAAUUGAUGGUGGAGCGAAAAUUAGGGUUUCAUAAGAGAAGAGAACAUAAGGAGACCAAUAUAUUGGCAGAUCUUGGCACCACUAAGCAUAUCGAUGAUCUCACCAACGGUAAUAGCCUACCAAAACGUGAACUAUUUUCUUCAGCCAAGGAUAUGAAGAAACUUGCUCGAUUGUUACGCAGUGAUUAUCCGAUCCAUAGUAAGCCUCGAGGAAAGCCUCCCGUCCAUAACCGAGCUCCCGACAAGAUUUAA